AUGUCUCGACGUGUUCGUACAACAACGACAACAACAACAUCUGGUAAAUCUUCAUCUAAAUCAAAGAAAAUUUCUAUUUCAAAACGAAAAAUUACACAUAAUGUUAUACAAAAGAAAAUAUCAGUAAAAAAAUCUUCAUCAACAAAACGUUAUCUUGAACAAACAUCAUCAAUUAUACAACCAAAACAAAAACGUCUUUCAAGUUUAACAGCAACAACACUUCUUCAAUAUUGUACAAGUAUUCUUUCACCAACAAGAAAAUUAAAUCAUUCAAUAAAAUCAACAUCAAUUCUAUCAAAUAAUUCAAAAACAAAAAAAAUAAAUAUUCAAACAAAUAAAAGAAAACGUCAAAUUUCAAAUGUUUCAACAAAAUCUGAUAAUAUUAAACUUACACAAACAGAUUUACAUAAACCUACUCGUAUUCAUCGUGAAGCAAGUUCACGUGCAUCUGCUAUGAUUAUGCAACAAAAUGAAAUUGAACGUAGUCGUUAUAAUUAUUCACGAAAUAAUAAAUAUUCAACAUCAAUUAUUCGUCGACAUCGUACAAAUAAAAUUGAUAUUCAAUCUGAACAACCUUCUAUUAAAUCAAAUAAAUCUAAUAUUCCAUCAUUUCCUAUUCCUACAUCAUCUAUAAUUAAUAUACCAAUUCAAACUGAAUAUUCUCAAUCAUCAAAUAUUAUAACAAAUAAUUCUAUACAAUCUUCAUUAUCAACUAAUACAAAAUAUCCAUUAUUAACUGAAGCUAUUUUAGCUGAACAUAAUCGUUUAUAUGAAACAAUAUCUUCAAAACGUGAUAAUCUUAUUAAAUGGACACAAGAAGUAGAUUUAUAUGAUCGUGUAUCAUCAUCAUCACCACCACCACCAUAUUCUCAACAUGAAAUUUCUCAUGAAUCAUCAUCAAUAAAUAAUAAAUCUACAGCAUUAUUAAUUAAUAAUUCAAAACCAAUUGAUUCUAUGACUUCGAAUACAAUAUCACAUUCAUUUGAACAUUUAUCAACAAGAAAUAAUCCUACUUUUCUUUUUCCAUCAACUACAUAUUCUCUCAAUAAUUUACAUUCAUUUUAUCCUAUUUUACCUUGUUGGCAAUAUUCAAAAAAGAAUAUUUUAAUUGUGACUGAAAAAUCAGCUAUUGCUUGGCCAUUUCAAUCAUCAACAUCUUUACAUAAUCAAAUUCAACCAUUAUCAAUUAAUCAGAAAACAUCUAGAAUAUAUUCGGAAAAUAAAACUAAAAAAUUAUCAAUAUUGAAUUCAAAACAAAAACAAGAAAUUUCAUCAUUAUCAAAAAAUGAUAGAUUAACAUUUCAUUUACAUACACAUCAUCAUCAUCAUAUACAUAAUAAUAAUAAUACAAAUUCAUUAUCAUUACAAAAAUCUUCUAGUUUAAUUAAUAAUAAUAAUAAUCUUAUUGAAAAAGAAUCUAAACAUACAUCAACAAUAAUUGAAAAUAAUGUAUUAAAUCUUUCAAUAAAUAAUAAAACAAAUUUAAAUCAAUUAAAUGGAACAAUAAAAACAACGACGCAAAGAAAAUCUUCUCCAAUUAAAAGACGUAUUAAUAGUGAAACAAAAUCUAAUAGUUCAUCAAUUCUAUCAAUCGAUGAGAAAAUUUCACAAAUAAAUAAUUCCAUAAUAAUAUCACCAAGAAAAACAAUAAAUAAUAAUCAAUCAAGAAUUAUUUUAUCAACAUCAAAUAAUUUGGAUAAUAAAAAAUCUUUGAAAUAUAUACCUAAACGUCGAACUAUUUCAGCAACUACGGCAAAUUCUAUUCGAACUAUAUCAAUAAUAGAUAAAAAUUUACGUAAAAAACGUACAAAUUCAGCAUCAAAUAUAUCUUUACAAUCAACAUUAUCAAAUAAAAAUUCUCAUCAAAGAAAAAAACAAAAAAAAAUUUCAAAUUAUUGGAUUUUAUUUGGAAAAUCUGAAAAAAAACUUGUUUCAAUUCAUUCUGAUAAACCACCUGUUAUUCGUGAAUGUUAUUCAUCAAUUCAACAUGUCAUAGAAAAAGAUAUAAUUAAUUCAUAUGAUUGUGUUAUAUUACGUUCUGAAACUGAUACAGAUAAUAAUAAUACUACAUCAUAUUUAGCUAAAGUUAAAUGGUUUUGGAAAGAACCAACAACAAAUGAAAUUCAAAUGUCACUUAUUUGGUAUUAUCAUCCUGAACAUACAGAAUUACCAGCACAUAUUAAAGAACAUUUUUUACCAAAUGAACUUUUAGCUUCAAGAUAUUCUGAUUGUAUUAAUGUUGCUUGUAUUGAAGAUAAAUGUUAUGUACUUAAUUUAAAUGAAUAUAAUCGUUAUUAUCUUCGUGAAAAAUCGACGAAUUUCUUUGAACAUUCUAAAUCAGUCGGACAAUUGAAGUCACUAUUAAAUAGAAAUACUUCAAUUGUUCGUCAUCGAUCAUUACCGGCAAUGACUGUUGGUAAUCAAAAUAUAUUUUUUUGUCGUUAUGUAUAUGAUUAUCGAAUUAAACGAAUUUUAAAAAAUCCAAGUUUAAAUAAUUCUCCAAUGAUAACAACAACAACAUCAAGCAUAUGA